ACACAGGGAUGUGGGGACACAUGGUGGGGGACAUGGACGGACAUGGGGACAUGGGGACACAUGGGGGGGACAGGGAUCCCCAGCCAGGGAGGGGACAGAGGGACAGCCCAUCCGCCCGUUGGUGGGCCCCACCGCUGCCUUCGCAAUCGCCCUUUUAAGGCCCCCCCGAUGCCCGCGGCGGAAGCGGAAGUUGCCGGGAGGAGGCGGCGGGGCAGUUGCGGCUGGUUGCCGAGGGCGCCGUGCGUGGCCUUGUCGCCGCCGCCGCCAUGUCGGCCGCGCUGGACCUGCGCUCCAAGGAGGAGAAGGACGCGGAGCUGGACAAGCGCAUCGAGGCUCUGCGCAAGAAAAAUGAGGCCCUCAUCAAACGAUAUCAGGAGAUCGAGGAAGACCGGAAGAAAGCGGAGCAGGAGGGGAUCGCGGUGACGGCGCUGCGGCGCGUGCGGCCCCCCGAGCCCAAAGCCGAGAGGCGAUGGGUGGACGCUGGCACCCUCCAGGUCAUGCUCUCCCCGGGGGAAAAGCGCGUGGUGAAGGACAAGAAGACGUCGGGCCCCCCGAAACCCGGCCGCGGCGCCUCUCCCCGCGUUUCGGGGGGGCGCGCCGGGUUGCGGCCCCUGCGUUCCCCGCGGGGGGAGCCCCCCCCCGACGCCCUCUGGGAAGGGUCGGGGAGGGACAGCGGGACAGCAGCGGAGCGGGGGGGCGGGGGACGGCGCUUGAAGGGCCGGGGGGGGGCCGGCCCAGGGAUGGGGGGCGACGCUGGCCCCGACCAAAAGUCCAAGGAGUGGGAAGAGCGACGGCGGCGGAACAUCGAGAAGAUGAACGAGGAGAUGGAAAAAAUCGCGGAAUACGAGAGGAACCAGCGGGACGGGCUCCACGAGAAGAACCCGGUGCGGAAUUUCUUGGACGACCCGCGGCGCAGCGGCCCCUUCCAGGAGGUGGAUCGCAAGGAGGGCAGUCGCCGGCACGUCCGGAAUUGGGGGGGGGCCGAUUUCGACAAGGUCAAGGCUGGGAUGGAGCGUGAAAAAACCUGGCAGGGCCCCGGACGACGUUCCAGUCCCAAAACUGGGGGGCAACUGGACAUGACGCUUUCCAUGACGGGACGGGAACGAGCCGAAUACGUCCGUUGGAAAAAAGAACGGGAACAAAUCGAUCAGGAACGUUUGGCCCGACAUCGGAAACCCACCGGGCAGUGGCGACGGGAGUGGGACGCCGAGAAAUCGGACAGCAUGUUCAAAGAGGGCUCGGCGGCGGCGCCCGGCUUGGACGCCGGUGGCGGGGAGGAAACCCGUCGUUUUCCUCCCAAACCUCCCACUUUUGGGGAAUUUCUCACCCCCCGUCGCACCCAGCGGAGGAAAAAAGGCCGGGGCCAGGGGGCCGGGACCAAGCCCUACAGCAUGCACGACAACCGGUGGGAGGAGAAGGAGGCGCCGAGCGACGAAGCCGAAAACCAGAGGGUGGAGGAAACCCCCAGCGGGGCCCCCCCGGAGCCCCCCGCUUCCCUGAGCCCCGAGGAGGACGAGGACCAGUGGGAGGACGUCAGCGAGGAGGAGGAGGAGGAGGAGGAUGAAGGUGGCAGCCCAGGCUCGUCGAGCGAGGCCGAAGCCCCCCGCAGUGCGUCCCCCCCAGCCCAGCGUCCCCCCAGAACCGGGCCCCUGCCCCCCAGCACCCCCCCGAGCCCCUUUUCCCCCCUGGGGGGGCACCAGCCCGUCUGGGACUGGGGGGAGGAGAUGGACCUGGCCUCCCCCCGCAGCAGCCUGGGGGACAGUCCCCUUUCGGGUCCCACUGUCCCCAAAUCCAGAGGGGCCCCCGGAGAGACGCCAGGGCUGAGCCCCCCGGAGCUGGUUGUCCCCCCCGGGGGGGUGCAGAGUCCCAUUGAGCCCCCCCAGGGGGAAGAAGCCAGGCCCAACCCCCAGCGAGAGGCUUCUUCGGAAAAGCCGGCGGAGGCGACGGGGAGCCCGGCGGAGGACGGGACGCAAGGAGCGCCGUUGCCCCCCUGCCAGCCGGAUGCGGAGGCGGCCCCUGGCAUGGUGGAGAUCACGGAUUUCCAGCGGGCCGGCCACGCGCCCCGAUGUCCUCCGUCACCCGCGUCCCCCCCGCCGUGACCCCCGUGGCUUUCUAGAGACUGUGAGCCGGUGGGAGAGGCGAGGUGGGGGGGGGGGAAUGGGGGGGGCACGGUGCACACACAAAUAUCACCUUCCCCCCCCCCCCGGGGAGGGGGGUGUCCCCAAGCAUUGAGGAGCGGAGGGGGGGGAGGCAGCGCCGAGUGUCCCCAAAAGGGGUUUGGGGGCUCCAACCGUGCACACCCCCCACCCCGGGCACCUUUUUUUUGCCGGGGGGAGAGGGGGGGGGUCCCGUUCUCCUCCCGUGCUCCGGAGGUGGGCGGGAGGGGUGAGUUUGACACCCCCCCACCCCCAUUUUGGGCCCUCUCCUCCCCCCGGCUCUUUGUAAAAUAAACCUCCGAAACGUC